AUGCUAGCAUAUUUGAACCUGGAGGGGGAAACCAUCCAGACCGCGUCCAAUCAACCAGCCUGCGUGCCUGACUGUCGCUUCAGUGCUCGGCUCACUGAUUGGCGCUGUCCGUUUACAAUCACCUACCUAGGUAGGCGGGCUACCGCCUUGCCAGCUUGCCUUGCCUUACAGCUCAAGGACAAACACUACAAGACAAGAUACAUCCCAAGGUGA